AUGAAGCUUCAUCGAUUGUGGUCGGCUCUUUCUGUUUUAACUGUGGUUUCGGCCCAGACUACAAGUGGCCUGUCCUUUGAUAGUCGAGAUGAUGUGCGUCUUGUUUGGGGAUUCGAGGGUACAGUCACUACGCGCUAUGACUUCUGGCUUUGCGCUGGUGACGAGACUACGGGUGAAUAUGAGCCUCUCGAGAAAGUCAUUGAAUAUGGCAUCUACGCACCUGGUGACUGGGUGUCAUUCCGAGUCGAUCAGGGUGUCGGAGGAAAUGGCCUGAAUGCAUACUUCUUGAAGAUCGUCCCUUCAACAAAAGAUAACUCACUAUCCGGAUUCACAUCUCAUUUCACCCUGACCAACAUGAAGGGUUCAUUCUCCUCCAAAGUGGUAGAUGCUAUUCAGUCGAUGCAGCCCUCGGCCUUGACAUGGUCUAGAGCGGGUGAUUCAAACCUCAUAGAGGCAGAGAGGGUACCUCACUGCAAUGACUCAACUUUGAACAUCGAGGAUCCGAUUGAGCCUUUCAAAUCCCCUACACCAACCAUUGCCAAUGAUAUCGAACAUGAAUUGCGGAAACGACUCGACCCACACAUUGUUCCAUAUGGCGAGCAGACGGGCUUAACCAGGUAUGCCCCCGCGCCCAAGCGAGCAGGUACCACUAUUCCACCAGCGAACAAGACGCCCACACCUCAGUUUCCGCCUUUCCCUUUCACAAUCGCUACUACGUAUCUCCCGGCCCCAACGGUCCAGUAUACGGAUAAUGCGGCCUCAACUUGGACUGACCUAAGCAUUGAAAAUACGGCUGCUCCCGCUGCUGCUCCAACCUUGAACAAGAGAAUGCAAGAUUGGAUGGAGCGUGUGAAGCAUUAA